UUGACAGUCGUUUCGUCUUUCAUUACGACGUUUUCGAUUUUAGUAGUUUUACUAUCAUGGCGGCCGCCGUAGGCAGGAUUUGUGGGGCACGACUUUUGAAAAAUUAUGGGAUAGUUGCACCCCAGGUCUGUCAGCUGUCCACUAGUGCUAAAGGAUGGACGAGGAAUAGAAAAUUGUGGUUAUCCACAUUAGGUGUAGUUGGAGGAGGUGUGGGGGCACUGCUGUUUGCCCUUGAACAGUCUGUGCAGGCCUCUGGGUCUGAAGCACAUCCCUACCACCAACCUUGGAGCCAUGAUGGGUGGUUCAAGUCGCUUGAUCAUGCUAGUGUACGACGAGGCUAUGAAGUGUACAAGCAAGUGUGCAAGGCAUGCCACUCAUUGCAGUACAUUGCUUUCCGCAACUUGGUCAACGUGACCCAUACUGAGGAACAGGCCAAGGCUGAGGCAGCUGAGGUCAUGGUGAAGGAUGGUCCAGAUGAAGAGGGCAACUACUUCGAGAGGCCUGGCAAGCUCUCCGACUACUUGCCAUCUCCAUAUCCUAAUGAAAAUGCUGCCCGAGCUGCGAACAAUGGUGCCUACCCACCGGACCUGUCUCUCAUCGUGGCGGGACGCAAGGGCGGCGAGGACUACAUCUUCGCACUGCUGACGGGCUACGUGGAAGCGCCCGCCGGUGUUGUGCUCCGAGAGGGACAGAACUACAACCCCUACUUCCCCGGCGGUGCUAUCUCUAUGGCCCAAGUGCUGUUCGACGAGGCUGCUGAAUACAGCGAUGGAACACCAGCUACAGCGUCUCAACUGGCCAAAGACGUGGCCACCUUCCUCAGGUGGUGCUCCGAGCCUGAGCUCGACGACCGCAGGCUCAUGACCAUCAAAGCCAUCGGCAUGUUCUCGAUGCUGGCCGCCGUCGUCUACUACUACAAACGGCACAAGUGGUCCUCUAUCAAGUCCAGAAAGCUAGCCUACAAACCUGUAUCUAAGAAAUAAACCAGUAUAGUAGUGUUAUAACGUACAAUUUAGACAAUUUUUUUCCGAUAGGUGACCAUCAUCAUGUUAAUUUGUUAUAAUUAAAAUAAUUUAUUUCUUACAUGCGCCAUGUUUUCUUUCCCGGGAUUAUUGUGAAGUGUUCAUGCUUUGACCGUUACCAAUCAAAACCUGGCUAGUGAAUAGCUUAGCUGUUAGCUAGGUGGUAUUUUUAAUGUUAAUAAUUUAUGUAAUGUUAACUAACGUAUAUUAACUUAAGUCGUGGAAAUGAAUGCGGCUCUGCUAAUAUAAUGAAACUAUAUCAAUUAUUUGUAAACUGUGCCUGUUAUGUGGAGUUUGUUAAAAUGAUGAAUAAUGGUGUACAGUUCAAUAAACGAAGUACUGAAAAUCGUGGAA